UGGACGUGCUAGGAUCAAACUGUCGACGUGAAAUAAGCUUCUCGUAGUUUUUGUUGCCGCCCACCCAACUAAUCCAAAUGUUUGGUCGUGCGCGGGACGACUCCCCCCUCCCAGAAUUCCAUUUGGUGCCAUUGCUGACACAGCCGGCGAUCGAGCUGAACCAGAAACCCCAAUCCUCCUCCUCCAUCAACAGCCAGCACGGCCGCCACGCCCCAAGAAUCCGAUCGAUCGAUGCUCGGCCAGCCGAGCGUCAUCGCCCGCCUCAUGGGCAUGGAGGACCACCACCACCACCACCACACGACGUUGCCGGCGACGGCGAUCGUCCACGCCCCGGAGCGAACCACGACGAUCAGCCUGCUGAGAGCGUCGUCGUCCCAGGGCGAGCAGCCCAAGUGCGGCCCGCUCGGCGCCCACCACGGCCGCCGCAUCGGCGGGGAGUACUACCGGUACUGCCUCAACAAGAUGAAGCCGCGGCGGAGGCGAGCCCGGCGCGAUCGCCGCCGCCGCGAGCAUCCGCAGGAGGAGCUGCUGGAGAAGAUCAAGGAGGACUUCCGCGCGUCCUGGCAGCUGGCCUCCACGGCCACGCCGCCAAUGGGGACGGAGGAGGAGGAGGGGGUAGUGACGUCGGGGAGGAGGAGCGGUGGUCGGGUGGCCGGGCUGUUGGACGGCCGGUGCAUCCAGAGGAUCGCGCAGGAGAACCUGCGCCGGGAGAAGAUGGCCAGGUACGGCUAUGGCGGCCGUCAGAGCACCGUGGAGGUGGAGGAAGACGAAGGUAUCAAGGCGCUGGUGGUUGGCCUGAAGAAGAAUGAUGAAGAGGCAGAGCAGCGCCAUGGUGGUUCAGAAGUUGCAGCGUCUGAAGAAUUCUCGGCUGAACAUGAUGAGAUGAGCAACACGUCGGAGAAGCUGCGCGGCAUGCCGGCGACACGGAUAGCGAUCCUCAGGCCGGCCACUGGUGCUACUCUCGGUGCCGCCGGGGAUCAUCGGAACGCCGUUCCGACGCCGUCAUGGAAGGCGGUGCGGGACGGGGGCAUGGACAUGGAGGACUUCCUCCGGGAGGUGAAGGAGAGGGCCGAGAGGCUCAAGGCCGCAACGAAGGCCAAGACCGACGGCCCAGGCGACGUCGUCGCGAAGGCGAGGCGAGGCUGGGGAAGCGUCGGCGACGGCCCGGAGCGAACGGCACAGGACACGGCGAGGCAGAUCAGGGAGGCCGUCGGCAAGAGGCUGAGCCGGCUGGAGUCCUUCCGCGUCUUCCGAGGCGACCGCGGCCGGCGCGACGGCUCGCCGUCCCCGGAGCACCGGAUGCUGAGGAGCGUCAUGGCGAGGACCGAGGCCAUGUCGCCGACGAAGGUCACGGGCAGAGGACCGAGGGGCAGCAGGUGGUCACCGUUGCGGGCAGGCGCUGGCGUAAACGGCCGGCAGAGCCCUGACCGCGACCCGCGUCGGAGUCCGGCGAAGCUGCACGACGACGGCGUUGACUUUAUUGCUGCGUCGCCGCGGGCGCUGCUCCGGUCGUUCUCUGCCCCGGCGGCGGGGUGUUCUUCGGACGCGUCGUCUGAAGGCGAGCAGAAGAUGGUGGGCCGGAGCAGAAGCUUCAGCAUUUUCAGAGGGACGGUGGCGAGUAUGAGGCAGAGCCUCUGCCUCUGCCUGGGCGGAGGAGCAGGGAAGCUGCUGCUGAUGCAUCUGUCCAGGAAGAAGCCUUCCUCUCCGGCGCCUCCUAGCCCGGUGUCGCCGUUGGAGGUCCACGGCGGGCGACAUUUCUCCGGCGAUCUCAACUGCACGUUCCUCCCAGAGUCGAGCCCGAGGUGGAGUCCCAGGUGUUCGUCGGAAUUCGAGGCGUCCGUGGGCGGCGAGUCGCCGUGGGAAUGGAAGGCCGACGCCGCGGCCGAGAGCGAGGACCCUGACACGGCGUACGUCAGGGAAGUGCUCGUCGCCGCGGGGCUGUUCGACGACGACGACGACGCGGCGGUUGCGAGGACGGACUCGAUCGCCAUCUCCGACGACGUCUUCGAGGAGGUCGAGGACGGGUACUACUACCGCCGCCUCCGGCGCCGCGACGACGGCGCAGGAGAGGAGGAGGAACUCGGAGCGGCGGACCGCCGCAGGCUGCUCUUCGACCUGGCCAACGAGGCGCUGCAGGCGGGCGCGAGGAGUGCCGUCUCUUCCUCGUCGCCGUCGUGUCUGCGCCGGUGGGUCGUCGAGUGCAACAACGGCUCGCCGCCGUCGUCGCGGGUGCGAGGGAGGGAGCUGGAAGACGAGGUGUGGCGGCACGUGGCGCGGGCGACGGGGGACGGCACGGCGGAGCGCGAGGUCGGGAGGUCGCCGUGGGUGCCGGAGGCGCUGUGCGGGGACGCCUGCGCCGUCGGGAGGAAGAUCGAGCGCGCCAUCUUCGACGAGCUGGUCGGCGACGUCGUGCGUCAGCUGUUUGUCUGACUGCACUUAUUUUUUCCAACAGUUUUUUUUGGAGAAAAUUUUCGAACAGGUUUUGCAGGAAAAAAAGGCUUGUAAGUGGGCUGGAGCCUGCAUGAGUUGCAAGCAGAGCCCAACAAUGUUCUCCACAAGAGGCCCAAUUGUACAGUCCAAGUGCCAGUAAGCAUAUGCAUUCCACUUUAUCUAAAAAAAUGCAUUCCACUAUUCCCUUAAUUAAAAAAAAACACAUUCCACUUAAAAGGAAUUGGUGUACGGUAUUCUUUCUGGCAUUUUUAUAUGCUUUCCCGAUACUUUUUGUUGUAUCAAUUUUUAUUUUCAUCUUUAAUUUUAUUUUCUUCCUCUUACUUAUGUCUAUUUUCAUUUUUAUUUGAAAAUUACCAGAUCAUUUAUUAAAAAAACAUGACGACUUUUGAAAUUUAUAUGAACAUUCUUUAAAAUGCAUAAAACAUUUUGAAUUACAUGAAUCUUUCCACUCAAAUACGUGAUGGACAAUUAUUUCGUACAUGAUCCAAUUUUGAUACUGCAUGACUUUUUUAAUUACAAUAUCAACAAUUUUUAGAAUGAACAAUUUUUUCAAUACACGUGAACAUGUUUUUUGAUAUGCAAUGACCAUUUUUUCAAAGACAGGAUGAUGCUUUUGAAAAUAACGAUGCAUAUAGUUUUGUAGGAUAAAAACAUAUUUUAAUACGUUAAGAAAUUUUUUGUUAUGUAAUUUUUUUUAUACACGACGAACAUAUUUGUCUUGUACGGUGAUUUUUUUAGAAAACACAAAGAACAAUUUACAAUAUGAGAGUAUUCUUAGAAAAACAUAUUUAAUACAUGAUUAACCUUUUCAAAAUAUAUGAUGAACAAUCUUUAACAUGAAUGGACCUUUUUUAAUAUGUGACGUACAAUUUUUUCAUACACAACGAAUAUUUUUUUUAAUAAACAAUGAUACUUUUUUUGGAAACACAAAGAAAACAGUUUAAUACUUGAUUAAUAAAUAUACAAUCUGGGCUGAACAUCGUUUCAUACAGAAUGAACCUUUUUGUUAAAAUGUCGAUGCAUAAGAAAUAUUCAUAUAAUUUAAAAUAUUAACACAUUAUCAACGAACUACUCAGGUAUUUUUAAUAUAUAUACAUAUGUAAGUGAGUGUUCAUUGAACAACGUGCGUAUAUAUACAUAUGCACGUGGCGCGAGCGACAGUGGAUGGCACGGCUGAGCGCGAGGUCGGGAGGCCACCGUGGGUGCCAGAGGCGCUGUGCGGGGACGCCUGCGUCGUCGGGAGGAAGAUCAAGCGCGCCAUCUUCGACGAGCUGGUCGACGACGUCGUGCGUCAGCUCUUUGUCUGACGGCACCUUUUUUUUCCAAGGGUUGUCUGACUGCACCUGAUCGAGCAGGUUUUGUAGAAAAAAAAGAGAGGUCGUAAGUAGGCUGCAGCCUGCAUAAGUUGCUACCAGAGCCCAACAAUGUCCUAGCCACAGGGAAGCCCAAUGCUCCAGUGAGCAAAUCAUGAUGUAGUACAUUGUUAAUUAGAUUUUUUUUUUAUGUAGGAGUACAUUGUUCUUUUUGUUGAGAAGAAUAGGAGUACAUUGUUAGAAGCUGAUAAUUUGAACUCAUGUUAUUACCAAGCAUAUA